CAGACCAGGAGGUACCUGAUCAAUAGAUGAGUCAGAGCAGGCAGAGUAUAAAACGCCAGGAGCUCCAAGGUCCCUCACAUCGCCAUCAUCUCCUUCCCUCACUCACCUCCCCUGGUGCUUCAGGGUUCCCCUUCUCCUUAAACAAGAUGUCUCACCAGAAAAAGCAGCCCACUCCCUGUCCUCCCGUGGGUUGUGGAAAGUCCUCUGGUGGAGGAGGCGGCGGCGGCGGCGGCGGCGGUGGCGGCGGCGGCUGUGGCUACUAUAGCGGUGGUGGUGGCUGCGGAGGUGGCUCCUCUGGAGGCGGCUCCAGCUGCGGAGGCGGCGGCUCCUCUGGAGGCGGCUCCAGCUGCGGCGGCGGGGGUGGAGGCUCCGGCGGGGGCAUCAAGUACUCUGGCGGCGGCGGAGGCUCCGGCUGCGGCGGCGGCGGCUACUCCGGGGGAGGGGGCGGCUCCAGCUGUGGCGGCGGCGGCUACUCCGGCGGCGGGGGCGGCUCUAGCUGCGGCGGCGGCGGCUACUCCGGCGGCGGGGGCGGCUCCAGCUGCGGCGGCGGCGGAGGCGGCUCCGGCGGGGGCAUCAAGUACUCCGGCGGAGGCGGCGGCGGCGGCGGCUCCAGCUGCGGCGGCGGCGGCUACUCCGGCGGGGGCGGCGGCUCCAGCUGUGGAGGAGGCUCCGGAGGCGGCGGCAGCUACUGCGGAGGCUCGUCCGGAGGCGGCGGCUCCAGCUGCGGCGGCGGUUCCGGAGGGGGCAAGUACUCUGGCGGCGGCGGUGGCGGCUCCAGCUGCGGCGGCGGCGGCGGUGGCUCCAGCUGCGGCGGCGGCGGCGGUGGCUCCAGCUGCGGCGGCGGCGGCGGCUACAGCGGCGGCGGCGGCUGCGGAGGCGGCUCCUCCGGCGGCGGCGGCGGCUCCUCGGGGUCGGCGCAGCAGUAUCAGUCCCAGAGCUACGGCGGCUCCAGCUGCGGCGGCGGCGGCUACUACUCCGGCGGCGGCGGCUCCUCAGGCGGCAGCUGCGGCGGCGGCUCCUCAGGCGGCGGCGGCGGCGGCUGCGGCGGCGGCUCCUCAGGCGGCGGCUCCAGCUGCGGCGGCGGCGGCUACUCCGGCGGCGGCGGCGGCGGCGGCUGCGGCGGCGGCUCCUCAGGCGGCGGCGGCUACUACUCGUCGCAGCAGACCUCCCAGAGCUCCUGCGCCCCUCAGCAGAGCUACGGGGGAGGGUCUUCCGGCGGAGGUGGUAGCUGCGGCGGCGGCUCCUCAGGUGGCGGCGGCGGCGGCUGCGGCGGCGGCUACUCCGGGGGCGGCGGCGGCGGCUGCGGCGGAGGCUACUCCGGCGGCGGCGGGGGCUGCGGCGGCGGCGGCGGCUGCGGGGGCGGUUCCUCCGGAGGCGGCGGUGGCUCCAGCUGCGGAGGCGGGUCCGGGGGUGGCUCCUCCGGGGGCGGCUCCGGAGGUGGCAAGGGGGUCCCUAUCUGCCACCAGACGCAGCAGAAGCAGGCGCCUAGCUGGCCAUGCAAGUAAGGUCCUCCGGUUGCCACGGAGACCGAGGAGCUGGAGGUGGUCUCCGUGGGCGCCUGUGGGCUUAGCUUUCUCAUGAUUUUGCCCGAGGUUUCGAAACCCUUCACCACACCCGCCCCCUAGAAGAAGCCAUCGAGUCGCUCGAGCUGCAUCACCUUCUGCAGUUUUUUUCGUCUUGGUUUCUGAAUGACUACCUCCCAAUUCCAGUACCUCCUCAAUCAAUAAAUUUGCAAUUCAUGAGAA